AUGGCUUCCCAAACCACACUGGAGCUGCCCUUCCAGCCCGACUUCCAUCUGACCGAGGUGAUGCACCAGCGGUCCACCACGGUCCAGUCUCUGCAGCAGCGCGGCGGAAAGCAGCAGGACGGUGAGCGUCUCCUCCGACCCCACGAGGCCGUUUACCGCCAAGACUUCUCCCUGCAUUCCUUGCACUUCACCCACUGGGGCGUGUGGCUGGCACGUCCGGGCCGCCUCACUGUGAUUGCCAUCUCGCAACUCUGGGCGCCCGACCUCACCCACCUGAUGAACCGCCAGCUACUGGACCCGGCGGGGGUGUUCUGGCGAGCCGAGGGCGAUGGCAACGACACGCCUGUGCACCACUACGAGGCCGACGCCCAGGAGUUUAGCGAGCGGAUCGCUGAAUUAGAAAAGGUGAGGAAGACAAUGUACUUCCUGCUGGUGUUUGAGGAGGGUGUUGGUCCCGACGUCUUUGAAUGUUCCAUCAGCUUCCAGGUGGACCAGAAGUGA